AUGGCGACUCAGGUGCUUCCGGUUCCGGGUAAGGCGGGCAGACAGGGGUUGUGGAAGAUGGCGGUGGCAGCAGGAGCGUCCGGAUGGAGUGGCCGAAGGCUGGCGUGCGCCUCCCUGCGCUCGCUCUUCGGCCUCUUUUUGCUGCUGGGCUUGGCGCCUCAUCCUGGCGCCGCCACCACGCACUGGGUCGUCACCGAGGACGGCAAGAUCCAGCAGCAGGUUGACUCACCAAUGAACCUGAAACAUCCUCAUGAUUUAGUAAUAUUAAUGAGACAAGAAACAACUGUUAACUACCUCAAAGAGCUGGAGAAACGAUUAGUAGCUCAGAAGAUCCAUAUAGAGGAGAAUGAAGACAGAGAUACAGGAUUGGAACAAAGGCAUAAUAAAGAAGAUCCUGAUUGCAUUAAAGCAAAGGUGCCCUUGGGGGAUUUGGAUCUCUAUGAUGGCACUUAUAUCAACCUAGAGAGCAAAGACAUCAGUCCUGAAGAUUAUGUAGACACAAAGUCUCCUUUACCUCUAGACCUAGAAGAACCAGAAUGUACUAAGAUUUUAGAUCUGCCAUACAGCAUACAUGCCUUCCAGCAUUUACGGGGUAUUCAAGAAAGAGUUAAUCUUUCUGCACCCUUGUUACCUAAAGAAGAUCCUGUAUUGAAUUACCUUUCAAGACGAUUAGGAAAAAGUAUAGAAGAGAUAGGCCAUCGCAUAUAUGAAGGUCUCAUGAAGAAUUCAUCUUCUUGGGUGUUAUACAAUAUGGCUUCCUUCUACUGGAGAAUAAAGAAUGACCCAUAUCAAGCAGUGGAAUGUGCAAUGCGAGCUCUCCAUUUUUCUACAAGGCAUAAUAAAGACGUUGCACUGAUAAAUCUGGCAAACGUGUUACACAGAGCGCACUUCUCGGCUGAUGCAGCUAUUGUAGUCCAUGCCGCUUUGGAUUACAGUGAUGUCUUCACCAGCUAUUAUACUUUAGGAAACAUAUAUGCAAUGCUUGGGGAAUACAACCACUCAGUUUUAUGUUAUGAUCAUGCUUUACAGGCCAAGCCAGGGUUUGAGCAAGCAAUUAAAAGGAAGCAUGCUGUCCUAUGCCAGCAAAAGCUUGAGCAGAAACUUGAAGCUCAACACAGAUCACUUCAACGAACAUUAAAUGAAUUGAAGGAAUAUCAGAAGCAACAUGACCAUUACUUGAGGCAGCAGGAAAUCUUAGAAAAGCACAAACUGAUUCAGGAAGAGCAGAUCCUGAGGAAUAUUAUCCAUGAAACACAGAUGGCAAAAGAGGCACAAUUAGGAAACCAUCAGAUUUGUCGCUUGGGCAAUCAGCAGCACAGUUUGCAUUGCCAGUGGGAUCAACCUGUUCGUUAUCACCGUGGUGACAUGUUUGAAAACGUUGAAUAUGUUGAGUUUGGUGGUGAUUCUUCAACUGCUACUAUGGAAUCCGUGAAUUCUGAACUUCAAGUCAACAGCAGUGACCUCAGCCACUCCUUGGAGUCCUCGCCUUGGGUCCAUUCUGUAUUCUCAUUAUGGGGUUUGGAAGCUGAUGAUUAUAGGGAUAAGCAUAAUGUUAUGUGGCCUAAAAGAUCAGAUUGUGUAAAAUCUUAUCCGGCUAUCCCUCCCCCAGAGGAAUUGCCAACUUAUAUCCUGCACCCAGAAAACAGGGGACAAAGAAUCCAUUCGAUACUUGGCAAUCCAGGGGAGGACCUCGCACAGACAGAAGUUCAUGAGCCAGAUUGUUCUUCUAUUACUGACACCCCUAACAGUGACUCUGUGUAUUUCUUGAUCAAAGAACUAAACAGUCAUCUAGAUCUGACAGAAAAGAUGCCAGAUGAUUAUGCAAAGCAAAUCUUAUAUUCUCGUGUCAACAAUCAGUCAGUUACACAACAGCAAAUAGGAUCAUUCAUCCAUCAUGCCAUUUUAAAUGCAAGGGAACCCUUAUGGCUGGUGCUCAAUGAGGCUGGCCUUUAUUGGCGUGCACUUGGAAACGGCACUUUUGCCUUCACCUGUUUACGAAAAGCAUUUAACUUGACCCCUCAUGAAUUUCAAGAUAUCCCUUUAGUCAACCUAGCAAACCUUCUCAUUCAUUAUGGCCUUCACCUGGAUGCCAGCAAGCUUCUCCACAAAGCUUUAGCCAUCAAUGAUUCUGAGCCUCUGACUUUUUUGAGCUUAGGAAAUGCCUAUUUGGCUUUGAAGAAUAUCAGUGGAGCACUACAGGUUUUCAGAAAUGCUCUAGAUAUUGCCACCAAAUGUCUCGAGUGCGAGAGGAGCCUGAAGCUGAUCCGUUGUUUGCAGUUCUAUCCGUUUCUGUACAAUAUCACUUCUUCCACCUGCAGUGGUUACUGUCAUGAGAAGAGCCAAGAUGACAACCAUGCCAAGCAGAAGUAUUUUAACCCACAGGAUUCUGAUAUCAUACUAAUAGAAGAAACUCUUAAGACAGCAACUGAAGAUGAUCUGACAGAUCAGGUUCAUAGUUCAGCAGGAGAUUCAUCCUCUUUGACUUUAGAAAGUACUGUUAUUGCAGAAAACAAUGACUCAGAAGAAAUAGAAAGCUUAGGAGAUGCUCAGAUGUCUGAGGAGAUGCUAGCAUUAGUGGAUGAAUUUGAAAACUCUUGGCCCCUUGAAGCUUUUGAAGGGGCACUGGAAGUAAAAGGCCAUCGGAUGGACUUGCAAGGGAUCCGUGUUCUCAAGAAAGGUUCUCAAGAUGGAUUUGCCAGCUCCUGUUUGGGAGAUUGUGGAGAUGAUGACGGUGAUGAUGGUGAAACUGAAUGGAUCACAUUUCAAGUAAAACGUGUAAAGAAACACAAACCAGAAAAUAUAGACCCACAAGAACCUGCUGGAAGAAAUGGAGAGGAAGGAGUAACUGGAGAAAAUGAAAACCUUUACCAAAUGGCAUUGGAAAUCAGUGGGCCAAAAAUACCUUCCCCUGGGCCACCUGGAAAAAAGAAAGACUAUCGCAGCUUGGGCUGGCCAAGUCCCGAUGAGUGUAUUAAGUUCCGCAGAAUGGAUCUUACUACAGUAGCCAGCACAUGGCUAGCUGUUUCUGCUAAAAAUAUUGACAUCACAGAGCACAUUGAUUUUGCCACUCCCCUGCAAGAGCCUGCCAUGGAGCCUCUCUGCAAUGCCAACCUGCCUGCCAGCAUGCAUACACUGGAUCAUCUCCAUGGUGUUGCCAGUCGAGCCAGUCUUCAUUACUUGGGAGAGAGUCAACUGAAAGAGGUAUUGCAGAAUCUUGGAAAAGACCGUUAUCCACCACAGUCUUUAGAACAAAUUGGUACUCGAAUCGCCAAAGUACUCGAAAAGAAUCAAACUUCAUGGAUCCUUUCCAGCAUGGCAGCCCUUUACUGGAGGGUAAAAGGUCAAGGGAAGAAAGCAAUUGACUGCCUGCGGCAAGCCUUACAUCACACGCCAUAUUACAUGAAGGAUGUGCCUCUCAUAAGUUUAGCAAAUAUAUUCCACAAUGCAAAGCUUUGGAAUGAUGCUAUCAUUGUGGCUACAAUGGCAGUAGAAAUUGCCCCACACUUUGUCGUCAAUCAUUUCACCUUGGCUAAUGUUUAUGUAGCAAUGGAGGAGUUUGAGAAGGCGAUGAGGUGGUAUGAAUCUACACUGAAGCUUCAGCCUGAAUUUGCACCAGCAAAGAAUCGAAUUCGUGCCAUUCAGUGUCAUUUACUCAUGAAAAACGAAAGACAUUCUCCUUAAAUAUUACAAUCUUCUUCCCUUUUUUUUUCCAAGACAGCAAAAUCAUUGUUCAUUAAUAAGCUUGAAAUGAGGUGAGCUAAUAGAAAUUGGAAAACACUAUUUCUAGUAAGGAUUGGAGGUUGGUUGUAUUAUUCAGAAACAAGAAUAUCUUUGGAGAAAAUAUAGUAAAGAUGUUAUUUCAGACAAGUGUAUAAAUAAAUAUUGAGCCCAGAGAACUU